GGAUUCACCUGUAACUUUAUUCUCCUGUAAUUUACUGAGUAGUGAAUUGGGUGUCUGCGAUAACUGUAAUCCUUGACUUCGAACUUUGUAUUGUUCAAAUUGAACAAUAUUUUCCGCAUUGCUUAUUUAGUUUGUUCUUGUCGAUUCUUUUUUGUGGUCUCGAUUCUUUCGCUUCGUGUUGUACCCAUGAAGAAGUAAUGGUAUACAGCUAAGUUGAAGUACAUUAAUUUGUUUGUCGUUUACAAGUAAUUUAAUAUCUGCGAGCAUGAGUCGACGCCAAGAAUGGAUCACUCCGUUUAUGAAACAGUGUUUUGCGGUCUCAAGUGUGGUUCUGAACAUGAUAUCGUAUGGCCUUACAAUCGGAUACAACGCCUCGCUGUUUUCCGAACUCAGAAGGACUCGAGAGAUACCUCUAGACAUACAUUCAGAGUCUUGGUUGGCAUCUCUGAUCGGAUUAAUGCUUUUCGUUGGCUCUGCAGUCGGGUCACUGGCUAUGGAAACCAUCGGUCGAAAAUACACCGUCCUCUUGAGUUCAGUAUUGAUGAUUUGCGGGUGGAUAUCGUUCAGCUUGGCUUCAUCUUUUCCUGUCUUGUUGAUGGGUAAAAUUCUUCAAGGAACAUCCGUCGGAAUCGGUACCAAUAUGGGAAGUAUUUUAUUGGGAGAAUACAGCAGUCCUAGAUACAGGGGAUCUUUUAUAGCAACUAUACCUACUGCUUUGUUAUUGGGAACCUUAAUAGCACAUAUUUUUGCAAUGUUUUAUAGCUGGCAUGAUAUAUCGAAAAUCCUACUGUUUUUCUCCAUACCCGGAUUAAUUGCAGCUGUAUUUUCGCCAGAAUCACCGAGCUUUCUGGUAACUAAGGGACGUUACGAUGAAUGCAGGAAGGUUUUCCGCUGGUUGAGAGGAACAGACGAGGAUGACGAACUCGAAACAAUGAUCAAAACUGACAUGAUAGCCAAAGCAACUAAAAAGAUCAAUAAAUAUCACUUAACGAAGAUAAUCAAGAACAAAGUGACAUACUUGUUGACAGCUUUUAACAAGAGAGAAUUUCGUAUUCCCGUAAUUAUCACGAUGCACUUGACGGCUAUAAAUCAGUUCUGCGGAUCUCUGAUAAACGACAUGUAUGCUCUAGACGUCCACACCGCGUUGUACGGCACUAAUGUCUACAUGUUCAAAGUAAUGACAUCACUAGAUACGCUAAGACUCCUUGCGGCUCUGUCAACCGUUUAUAUAACCAGAAAAUUGGAGCGGCGUUCGAUGCUACUAAUAUUUGUGUCCUUGAAUAUAUUCGUCAAUCUGUGCCUAGCUGGGCACAUUUUCGCAAGACAACGUGAUCUUCUGCCUGCUUCACAUAUGGUAAUAGGUAUCAUUCUGCAUCAUUUUCAGUGCUUCAUUAUGGGGACUGGAUCUUUACCGUUGUUAUUUAUACUUAAUGGCGAAAUAUUUCCUUUAGAAAAUAGGGGUUUAUGUGGAAUGAUUUCUAGUAUAUUCUGCUCUAUUUUAAUGUUUGUGAACAUCAAAUCAGCUCCGUAUCUGUUCUCCUUGCUCGGCGUUGACGGGACGUUAUGCUUUUAUGCCUUAAUUCUUGUUUAUAGUUUAAUUGUUACUUUUAUUGUUCUACCGGAGACUAAAGACAAAACUCUUCAAGAAGUCGAAGAUGAGUUAAGAGGAUGCACUACUGUCUAUGUAGAUCGUGAAGAAGCGUUUGAAUUAAAGUCAGGAAUUAAUAAUUUAGAAAGUUGUUAAUAAUUUAAAGUCAGGUAUUUUAUUAUGUAACUAUUGAAAUUAAAAACAAAGUGAGUAAAAAAAAAUUUUUUUACUGAAAUUUUUGAUUUAUUGCAAUGGUCGAAUAAUUAUAUAUUACAUUUUGCGUCUGUCUUUUGAACUUUAAAAUUGUGGCUACUUUUAUUUAUAGGUCGAUACUUCCAGCCUAUGUUUUGAAGUGGGACAGAAAACCGUCCCAAGUUAGGUGCUAUCUUUUUUCACAACUCUGUCCAGUACAUAGUGUCUUAGUUUGCUAUGUAAUCCAAGGCUACCAUUAUUGUACAGGCUUAUUAUCUUUAUCACUACAAUGUCACUGUACUAUAUAGUUGUAAGAGUGUAGGAUUAUUAUUUGUUAACACUGAUACGUCAAUAUUUUUCUUUUGUUUUAUUUUACAUAUUUAUUCAUUGAAUGAAACAGACAGUCUUAUUACAGAGUGUGUAUUGUACAUAAUACGAACUGUAACCCCUUUUCAUAACAAUAAACAAAGUUUUUAAAAAAAAAAUUCAGAGGUGUCAAGGGACACCCGGAUGGAACGAAGUUCCUUUCGAUUAAUUAGUGAAGGAAUUGUAAUUUUUUUUUUAAGUUAUAAUAAUAAAUUACGGCAUCAUGAAGAAGAAAAAAACAAUACUAUGAACUAAAUUAGUAUUGUUGAAACGCUAUCUCGAGAAACUGUACUCAUUACGCGGACCAAUCGGAUACGAGCAAUGUCACGCGAUAAGCGUCUACACGUUGAUUGGUCAGAAUGACGGAUCUAAAAAGUGUCGUGACAACUUUUCGUAAGAAUUUUUUCCGUCUAGCCCCCUUUUACAACGCGCGAUGAGGAACUUCGUUCCAAUAUUUUUCAUAGCAAUAUAUUUGCGACGAUACAUUUUGGAUGGUUAGCGUGGUAUGGACAUGUGAUGCGUAGAGAGGUGAUGCAUGUGACUAAGAGAUCUAUGGAAAUGGUAGUGCAAGGUAGAGGGGGAAGAGGUCGACCGAAAAAGACACGGAUGGAGUGUGUGAAUGACGAUAUGAGAGACAGAGAGAGAGGAGUGAGUGUUGAGAUGACGGCUGAUAGAAGAGAAUGGAAUAGAAAAAAUCGCUGUGCCGACCCCACCUAGUGGGGUAAGGUGGAGAUAAAAAGAAGAAAAACAAUAUGAUAUAGGUAAUAUAGAAUUCAUAUUCAUAUUAAUUAAAUAUAUAAUUGCCAUGAACAUACAACGAAAUAAUUUAAGAAUGCAAAAUUAGAUUAUUAGUAUUAUACAAUAGUGACGAUAUGAAACUUCUGAAAAUGCAACUAAUCAAACACAAAAUUACAAUUAUAAAAAAAAAUUUGAUCGACACAUAUAAACCUUCAAUUAAUGGAACUAAAGUGCCAUGAUCUCUGCGAUUUAUCAUCUGUAGGUGGAAAGCGAGGGUUCUUAAAUGCCAAUAAAGUUGGGCUUAGUUAGUUAGCCCCUAUCACCAAUCAUCAUCAUCUUCUCAUCUCUGUAGUGUGCAGCUCGCCUAACCUUAUAUUUGAAACUGCACACACUAAAUUAUGACAGUAUUACACGAAUUGUCGACUUGAACAGUUCUCUUUUAUUUUGCCUACAUCACUCCAAUACAUUUGAUCACCUCAUCACUACAUAAAUCAAUUAUCAUCGCCUCAAACCACAUCACUUCAUUGCCCUUUAAUAAUAGCCAGCAAGCAUAAUCAUCACCCCUGCCUCGUCAGGCAGGGAGUCCAAGCCCGGGCAAAGGGGAUUGCCCCGAGGCCCGAUCCGUGCCCCCGUAAGGGGAUACGAAGACCCAACGUGCGUGCUUUAUUGAGAUCGUUAAAAAAAAAAGAAAACUCGCACUUAACACACUGGAGUGUUAGUGUUAGGCCCCGUACCCUUAAAAAUACGAAAGAAAGCGUACGUAACUUUAUGCUACACAUUUGUUCCAGGUGUGUCUUUGUUGUACGGAUGCUUCUGUAAAACUAUGCUAUUGUAAUUUUUAAGGCGUACUAUACGAGUAUUUAAAAAAUAAGUGUUCAAGAACAUUGCAUGUUCAAUAAAUCACUCUGGAAUUGAAUGCACCGCUCGGUGCUGAAUUCGUAUGGAUCCAGAGAAAGAAACCUCCUCACGAUACGUGUCUUAUUGACAAUGACCGCUAUUUUCGUUAGGCCUUUAACCUGAAUUGCCAAAUCUUUUCAAAGUGUCUGUCGGAAGUUUACGUCAUCAAAUCGUGCGCCAACCACUGAAGUAAUGGCGCCAACUCAACUGUUGGAGCAAUAAUAGUUGAAUCAACACGCCACAUGGUGAAGUCGUCGUGGCCUAAAGGAUAAGACGACGCACUCGUAUCUAGCGAUGCACCGGUGUUCGAAUCCCGCAGGCGGGUACCAAUUUUUCUAAUGAAAUACGUACUCAACAAAUGUUCACGAUUGACUUCCACGGUGAAGGAAUAACAUCGUGUAAAAUAAAAAUUAAACCCGCAAAAUUAUAAUUUGCGUAAUUAGUGGUGGUAGAACCUUUUGUGAGUCCGCGCGGGUGGGUAGCACCACCCUGCUUAUUUCUGCCGUGAAGCAGUAAUGCGUUUCGGUUUGAAGGGUGGGGCAGCCGUUGUAACUAUACUUGAGACCUUAGAACUUACAUCUCAAGGUGGGUGGCGCAUUUACGUUGUAGAUGCCUAUGGGCUCCGGUAACCACUUAACAUCAGGUGGGCCGUGAGCUCGUUCACAAACCUAAGCAAUAAAAAAGUCUCGGGGGCCAGCUCUUCAUUAAGUAAUCGCGUAUUAGAGUAGGUAAUCACAAUCGAAAAAAAAACAUAUUCUAGAACAAGUUGUUGAUGGAUUAUUGCUACUUGGGUUUCUCUAUACUCGCUAUAAGCAAUAUAUUUCCUCAUUAAUUCCUCAAGUCUUAUGCCGAGUGGCAGUAUUGACCCUGUGAUAUUUAUGGCCAACAGUGACCAUUUAAUACCAGGCCGGCCGUAAGUUCUUUCGACCAUAUAACUAAACCUCGACCUCACGUAAAAGUUUAAUUAUAAUACCAUUGUCCCGAGAACAUGUUGUUCACUAAACUGAUAUUGCAUUAUAAAUGAGAGUGGAAACAAACAAACAAAAUAACAAAUAAAA